CCCAUAUUACAUACUUGUAUUGUGCGCUUCGUUGCGGCUCUCAAGGUUCAAGGCUCUGGCAUUUUGGACAAGCCCUGAGCUCUGCACAUUUAUGCCUCAGGAAGCGACUGCGAGACUGAUUCUAUGUAACUAAAUAUUCAUUGUCGACUUGUCCGGCCGCUCUGCGGGGCAUUCGAUCAAUCAUGAUGCCUGGGUCGUUCGCGCAAACGCGUGUAUAAACAACAUCAGGGGUGGCAACAAUCUACUUAUAGCUUUGAAGCUAUCUCAAAGAAUACUGAAAGCGUCCACAGGAGCCGCGCAUAGGUCACUGCGGCACGGUCCCCACACUCAGCGCUUCGCCGUAAGACGAACCCUCUUCAAGCUUCUAGUAACUCAUUGCAUUUUGUGAUGAUUUCAGCCUGACACGUGGAAGGGGCCCCCGCGUCAGCGGACGUUUUUACUGGCCCGCUCACGGCCCAGCGCUCUUAGUGGCCCAUCUUGGCUCCAAGUUUCUAAGCAACACAACUGAAGACAGCAUGUCAGGAGAGGGAGUAAAGAUGGAGAAGGAGCACCUGGUCGAGGAUUUGGAGACUGGCUCGUCGCCGAAUGAGUUUCACGCCUACACCAUUGCUCUGGAGCAGCUCAACCAAAUAAACGCGGAGAAGGACCAAGAGGCAUUUAAGAGGCUGGGUGGCGCGGCCGGCAUCGCGCAAGCCUUAGGAACCGACCUGAAGGAGGGGCUCAGUGAUGCCGGCGUGGACUCUUCAAAGCAGGCCUUCGGCGUCAACAGCUUUCCAGAGAAGCCGCCACCCUCGUUCCUGUCCAUGUUGUUGGAGGCCGCCAAGGACCCCAUGAUCGUUAUCCUGCUGAUUGUGGCCAUUAUCACGAUCGUGCUGGGCGCGGCCGUGCCCGAGCAGCGCGCGCACCAGGGCUGGUCUGAAGGCCUGGCGGUGCUGGGCACGGCGCUCAUUGUGGUCUUCAUCGGCGCUGGCCAGGACUACUCCAAGGAGCGGCAGUUCCAGAAGCUGAACGCGCUCAAGGACAACAUCGAGGUCAAGGUCACACGCGGCGGCAAGCAGGUCCUGGUGCCCAACACGGAGAUCGUGGUGGGUGACGUCAUGUUCCUGGACACCGGCGACAAGGUCAUCGCGGACGGCGUCGUGAUAGACAGCCAGGGCAUUGUGCUGGAUGAGGCGUCGCUCACAGGCGAGUCAGACCCUAUCAAGAAGGAUGCGGUUUCGGACCCGUGGAUUCGCUCCGGCACGACGGUCAACGAGGGCAGCGGCCACAUGCUCGUGGUAGCUGUUGGCGUCAACAGCGAGUGGGGCAAGACCAUGGCUCUGGUCAGCGAGGCGGGAGACGACGAGACGCCGCUGCAGGAGCAGCUCACGGACGUGGCCGCCAAGGUGUCCAAGAUGGGUGUGCUGGUGGCGGUGGUGUGCUUCCUUGCUCUGCUCAUCAAGUGGCUCAUCGUGACCGGCGGCGGCGACGCCAGCAAGAUCAACGACAACGGCCCGCUGCAGUUCCUGCUGUACGCCAUCACCAUCACUGUGGUGUCCAUUCCCGAGGGCCUGCCACUGGCCGUGACGCUCACGCUGGCCUACAGCAUGAAGAAGAUGAUGAAGGACAACAACUUCGUGCGCGUGCUGUCCGCCUGCGAGACCAUGGGUGGCGCCACCGCCAUCUGCUCCGACAAGACCGGCACGCUGACGGAGAACCGCAUGACGGUGGUGGAGGGCUGGUUCGCCGGCACCGCCUACCCGCAGGUGCCCGAGGCCUCCGCGCUGCACCCUCAGCUGCUGGAGCUGCUCAAGUGGAACUGCGCCAUGAACAACAAGGCCUUCCUGGUGGACAAGGACAAUGUUGUGGAGUUCGUGGGCAACAGGACGGAGUGCGCGCUGCUGGUCCUGCUACGCAAACUCGGGCACGACUAUGUGCAGCUGAGGGAGCAGCGCGAGGCAGACCAAGUCAAGCUGUACGGCUUCAGCUCGGCGCGCAAGAUGGCCAGUGUGCUGCUGCGCGAGCCGAGCAGCGGCAACCUGCGGCUGUACAACAAGGGCGCGGCGGAGUGGGUGCUGCGGCGCUGCAGCUCGCUCAUGCGGCCGGACGGCAGCACGGAGCCCAUGACCGAGGCCCGCCUGGCUGAGAUGAUUGAGCUGGUCACCAGCAUGGCCAAGCGGGGUCUGCGCUGCAUCUGCCUGAGCUACCGUGAUUACGCCGGCUCCGAUCCCGCCCGCCCCGCCGACUUCUUCGAGGACGCAGACCAGGUGGAUAACGGGCUGACCUGCCUGGCCAUUGUGGGCAUCAAGGACCCGGUGCGCAAGGAGGUGCCGGACGCCGUGCGCACCUGCCAGAAGGCCGGAAUCACUGUGCGCAUGGUCACUGGCGACAACAUCCACACGGCGCAGCACAUCAGUCGCGAGUGCGGCAUCCUGGUGGAGGACUGCAUCGCGCUGGAGGGACCGGUUUUCCGCGCUAUGCCCGCAACCGAGCUGAUCCCGCUGCUGCCGCGGCUGCGCGUGCUGGCGCGCUCCUCGCCCGAGGACAAGCUCACGCUCGUGGCGCUGCUGAAGAAGCAGGGCGAGGUUGUGGCUGUGACGGGUGACGGCACCAACGACGCGCCCGCGCUCAAGGAGAGCGAUGUGGGCCUGGCCAUGGGCAUCGCCGGCACCGAGGUGGCCAAGGAGGCGGCCGACAUCAUCAUCCUGGACGACAACUUCAGCUCCAUCGUCAAGUCAGUGCUGUGGGGCCGCACCGUGUACAUGAACAUCCGCAAGUUCCUGGUGUUCCAGCUGUCCGUCAACCUGGUGGCCAUGAUCAGCGCCGCCGUGGGCGCGCUGUACGGCGGCGUGCCGCCCCUCAACGUGCUGCAGUUGCUCUGGGUGAACAUGAUCAUGGACACGCUGGCGGCUCUGGCUCUGGCCACGGAGAACCCCUACCCCGAGCUGCUGGACGAGAUGCCACACGGCCGCUCCGAGCCCAUCAUCACCGGAUACAUGUACAUGCACAUUCUGGCUGGCGCCACCUACAAGCUCAUUUGGCUCUUCGCGUGCCUGUACGGCCUUCCACGCGCCAUCUCUGCGUACGCUGUGCUGACGCCCGACGAGUAUUACCGCGAGGACUGCAACCGCAUCCUGGGAGACAAGGGCUUCAACGCCACCGCCCAGGCUGACUACUGCAACAUUAUGGGCUACUGCGGAUUCCCCCGCGGCGACACACAGCACCUGUCCUGCGAGCUGGUGGGCGAGUGGCUGCGCUACAACGGCUCCGCGGUGCCGCCCAACCAGCAGAACGCCGUGUGCAUCCCGCUGGGCUUCCCGCAGGGCACCAAUUGCCCCAGGAACGAGGGCCUGACCUCGGCGCAGAAGGACAUGGACAAGGAGUGGGACCGCGAGUACCUCAAGUCCUACAAGCCUGCACUCAGCGUGCUGUUUAAUGCCUUCAUCCUGGCGCAGGUCGCCAACGCCUUCGUGUCUCGGCGCAUCCAACUGGAGUACAACUUCUUCAAGGGCCUGGCCAACAGCCACAUCUUCAACGCCAUCAUGGUGCUCAUCACGGCGCUGCAGGCCAUCAUCAUGCAGACGCCCAUCAACUACAUUUUCAAGGUGAACGCCCUGAACGGCGAGGAGUGGGGCGUGACCAUUGCCAUCGGCGUCGGUGCCAUUCCCUUCAGCUGGCUUGUCCGCUUCGUGGCGCGGCUGGUCCGCCCCGUGGACACCUCUUCCAACUGGCUCAGUGCGCUUCGCGGCAGCCGCGCCAAGAACAUCACCGCCCGUGGCGCCGCCCCCAUGCGCGCUGCCGCCGGCCGCACCCUCAGCGGCGCCGCCCCCGACGGCAAGACGCUCUCGGGCCGCACCAUGUCUGGCCCCAAGACGCUGUCGGGCAACCCCGCCACCGCCGUCAAGACCUUCUCCGGUAACCCCACCAUAUCCGGCAACCCGCAGCAGCAGCCGCAGCCAUUCCACAUCACGGCGCGUAUCGGCUCCGCCGGCCGCCCGGCCUCGCCGCGACUGGGCUCUCUGUCGCGCGUGGCUCCGGAGCCGACACGCAGUGCUGGCAGCGGCUCCACCGCGCCGCUGCUCAUCGACCCCUCCACUCCGAGGGGUAGUUAAGUGCGUAGACAUAGAUGGCGCAGGCCGGCUGCCCUGUUAGGCGAGCUGGCGCGCGGCGGCGCGGUGGCGCGUAGCGGCGCAGGGUAGGUAGCACGCUGGCAUGCUGGCGCGCUGCACGUGGUGGCUUCGCCAUCAAUCCUCGGCUGGAGCGUACAUGGUUGCAGAAACGGCAUGGAACGAACACGUGACUCGGUGACUACCGUGCUGCGGGGGGCAUCGGACGGGUGUUGCGCGAGUCAUCCCGCGGGCUGAGGUUCUACCGGUGCCGCCUAGGCGUACGCGGCGGCCAGCAGCCGGCGUUGCUGGCGCGGGCGUUCAGCGGUGGCGCAUUUAUUUACGGCGUGGAGGUGGGUGUACAACUUGACAUCAGAUCAUCAACUGCGGCAGGCGCAGAGAUGUGGAGGGAGCGAAGUAGGGACCGCGCUGUUGAGGACAUCUAUCAGCACUGGCCAUACAUACUUUUGCACUCCAAUUCGAGGUUGGGUUAUACUGCACACGCUAAUAGUCCUGCAGAUCUGAGACUGGACCAGGAGGCAGACAAUUGGAUUCAGUUACGGUACAAUUUAUCUUCGGUGAUGCGUACUGAUGACACAUUCAUACUGUGUCGUAUUGAUCAUGCACCGUACGCGGUGCGGCAUGCGCUUCUUACCUGCACGGCAUGCUGCCAACCUGUGAGGCUCUUGACAGGGACCCGUUUACGCUUGGGCCCGCCUUCUGACUACCGUAUUAUUCACUGAAAUUCGUAGUAGCCUCCAGACCGACCCACGAAACCCUACUGCGGCAAGGCGUGCGCGCCUCCACUGUCGGGGCGGUGCUGGCCGCGUCCACAUGUGUUGAGUUUACGCCUGGCGACUCUGGGGUCAUGUGACGGUUGUCGUACUGAGCUGGACGUUGCUUACAUCGCUCAGGCGGGGUUAGUUUCGCCUGGGAUAGAACCCACGAUUCGAAAGGAGAGAGCGUCCAGAAUUAAUGCUGUAGAAUAUGUGUUGGGUUUGGGGCCGCGCUUUCGCGAAGAAUAGACGUUUGGCGCGGAUGUGGCGGCAUCUUAGACGUUCUGGGGGGCGUGGGGGUUUUGCACCCUAGGGAAAUCUCAUUUCCGGGCGUAGACGCUGCGGGCCUAAAGGGCAUCUACAAAAUACGGGCACUGUUAAUCAACAUCUGCUGUCCCACUUUUAAUCGGGGUUGUACUUGAAUAGUUAUGGGCCCCCUGUCGGUUGUCGAUCCCGGGUACCCGGGGUUUCGUCACGCCCUGACCUUCGCAUCACAUGGCAAACUAUAAAUCUAUAAUUCCUGCGCCGUCAGCACAGCUCAAACCGUUACACAAAGCACCAUGCAUUCAAGCACAAUGCGUUGAGCAGGCCAUGGCUUUUAUGCCAACGUGGCUACACAGUUAAAGCCAGUACAACAACGUAUGUAAAUGAGGAGAGGU